AGCUUCAUGAUGUUUCCACUGACCAAAAAUGUGCUAAGUCAUCCCCCAGUUCAAGGCAUUCAGCAAAUAAUGGCAAGGCAGGCCAAGCAGAAAUGGACACCUGAUUUCCAUGACAAAUAUGGUAAUGCUGUAUUAGCCAGUGGAGCCACUUUCUGUGUUCCUGCAGCGGCACAUACAGCCACACAGACUGGAGUAGAAUGGAACCUGUCCCCUGUUGGCAGAGUCACCCCAAAGGAAUGGAGAUAUUGGUAA